AUGCAGGACGGACUGCACGGAUGCGUGCGCAGCACAUCGCAGCCGGCGUCGCAUGGCCCGCCGAAGGGGUGCGCUUCCGAUGUCGGUCUGACGGAGGCCCUCUUCAAUCCGACUGCAGAGGAGCAGGAGAAGGUUGCUCAGCACUUGGAGCAGGGGGCCGACGUAAAUUGUGGAAAACAUGAGCAUGGCUACACUGCGUUACACUUUGCGGCGUUAUCAGGGAACGCAGAGUUAUGUCGUUUAUUGCUCGUGGCCGGGGCCAAGAGUCAUGCAACAAAUACAGUUGGAAGAACAGCUUCGCAAAUGGCCGCAUUUGUUGGAAACCGUGCGUGUGUGGCAGUCAUUAAUAAUUUUGUACCUAAAGCAGAUGUUGACUAUUAUACAGUUCCUCAAGGUUUAGAGACUGAGCCUAAACUGACACCUGUGCUUGCUACACCAUUGCGUAACUUUGCAAUGCAGGUAAAUCUUCAUCCAGUCAGGGUUGCUCUGAAUCCGCAGAAGGCACCUUUAUUAGCUGAGAAUCUGGAGAAAAAAGUUCAGAAAAUCUUGGAACUCAUGACUGAAACAGAAAUGAAAAGAGGAUUUGAAGCAAAUGAAGUUAUGUCAUUCAAAUUCCAUUACUUGUCGUGUGUAGUUGCUGAGAUUGGCCGAUGUAGAAAAAGGCAAUUAGCAGCACAACAGGAGAGAAAGAAAGAUGAAACUAAAGAUAGUGAGAAUAUAGAAGAAAAGCGGUCACAUCCUAUGGAACUCUUUGCUCGGGAAAUGCUGAAAUGUGAGCGUGGCGACAAUGGGUCUCCAGAGUUUCAGGAAAGUUUUCUCAGGCAACGUGGUCGUGAAUUCCCAUAUCGUGAAUGUACAGUUUUCCGCCAGAUGGUUACAACUUUAGCUCAACAGGAUUCCCCUUCUGCUCUGAGCAUUAUUUCUGUUGCCAUCAAUGGGCAGAGGGGCUUUGUAGACAGUGUCACCCAUUGCUGCUCAUCAUGUGGUGAAGAAGGAGCGACAAAGAAGUGCUCUAAAUGUAAAGGAGUUCAGUAUUGUAACAAAGAAUGUCAACGUCUCCAUUGAUUUAUGCAUAAGAAAGCAUGUACAAGGUUAACUCAAGUUUCCGUAAAGGCUAAACCAUCAGCUAGUCCUCCAACUUCAGAAUUGAGCGGUCUUCAAGUGAAGUAA